AUGCCUCCUCUUGUACCGCGCAAGCGCUUGCGUGAGUCGCCACCGCCUGGAGAAGUCAGAGCAUCAAAGGCAGUGAAAGAGAAGCCCGAAGCAUCACGGCGCAAGACGACGCUAUACGAUGAUCUAGACGCAUCCGCGACACCUACUUCAAAUUCCGUUCUUCAUGGGUUUGACGACGACAACGAUGGGAGCUCUUUGUCAUCUUUAUCUGAUGAAGAAUUUGAGGAUGUUGUGCCACCAAAGAAAUCAGCCGGCAACGACGAGGAAUCUGGAGACGAUGACGAUAUCGAAUUUGAGGAUGUUGAGGCCCCAGUUGCGCCUUUGCCGGACGCCCCAAUCACAUCUGGACACUUGGAAUUGACACUCACCAGAGAUACUCGAAUUUCACUCACAAAUGCCUUUGAUAGGAAGGGGCCUUCAAAGCGUGAAAGAAAGGUCCGACAUGCAACACACUGCGUUCAUGUCAUGCUACUCCUUUGGCACAAUGCUACUCGCAAUUCGUGGCUUUGUGACCCUGAAGUGCAGGCUACUAUGAUCUCCCACCUUCCUCCAAGACUUUGGGACGAGGUGGAUCGAUGGAGGCGUAAUAGUGGAUUGGAGAAGAAGCCGUCACCCAAAAAAUCAACAAAAGAUACCAACAAGCCAAAAUGCAAAGGCAAAAAGAUCCCGGACCGACGUUCGCGUGAUUGGGGCGCAGAGGCCGAAAGGUUGGAGGAAGGGGCUGUUAACAUGAGUCACGGCGAUCCCCUAUUUCGACUGAUGCAAACAUUGUCAGCUUGGUGGAAACAACGAUUUCGUGUUACAGCGCCAGGAUUGAGGAAGUGGGGUUACAUGUCUCUUGAACGACUAGACAGACUCACAAAAGCUCAAAAGGCAGAGCCCCAUGAUGCAGAACAGUUUGGUGAGAAGAUACCAGGUCUGGAAGAGUUUAGAUAUCACGCCCGAAAUUGCGAAGGAAGUCGAGAUGUAGGCGCCCAAUUAUUUACCGCUCUGCUUCGUGGAUUAGGCUUGGAGGCUCGAAUGGUUGCAAACCUACCUUGCCUAGGUUUCGGAUGGAAUAAACUCGAAGACGCCGAACUUGAAAAGGGUGAUAGUACAAAUCAGACGAAACCAACGCCAGAUAAAAAGACAACUACGAAAGCUGCGGCUUCAACAAAAAAGCAGUCAGCCAAAAAGACCAAGGAAGCCACGAAAGGUUCUACGCGAACUCGAAAGACAAAACCCAAGGCCGAAAUGAUAAGCGAUACCGACGAUCUGGAGCUAGAAUAUAAGGAUACUGACGAUGAAUCGGUUGUUGAAAUGGAAGUCACACCACGAAAAACAUCAACCAAGAAAUACGAUGCCGAUAUGGAUUUCCCGCACUAUUGGACAGAAGUUUUGUCACCUGUCACCAACAAAUAUCUACCUGUCGAUGCUAAUGUCAAAAAUGUGGUUGGGACGAACCGAGAUCUGAUUGAGUCCUUGGAGCCCCGUGGAGCGAAAGCCGACAAAGCCCGCCAAAUUAUGGCAUACCUUGUCGGAUAUUCACAAGACGGAACUGCCAAGGAUGUUACGGUUAGAUAUCUGAAGCGGAAUAUGCUUCCUGGACGUACAAAGGGAGUAAGAAUGACACCUGAAAAGGUGCCAGUCUACAACCGGCACGGAAAAGUGAAACGGUAUGACCAAUUCGACUGGUUCAAGACAGCAAUGUCCGGAUACCGAAGAGGCAGCAAGAAGCAUCCCAUAACAGAGAUCGACGAAGCCGAAGACUCCACAGAUUUAACACCUGCCAAGCCAGAAAAGAAGGAAGUCAAGGAUGGCCAGGAGACAUUACAGUAUUACAAGCAGUCCAAGGAAUUCGUUCUUGAGCGUCACUUGAAGCGCGAGGAGGCUCUAAGACCCGGUGCGAAGCCUGCAAAAGUCUUCAAAAGCAAGGGCAAGGGUGGCACAGUGGAGGGAGAGGACGUGUUUCUCCGCAGCGAUGCCCUGAACGUCAAGAGUGCUGAGACCUGGCAUAAGCAGGGAAGAGCACCAAUCGCCGGAGAGCGGCCAUUGAAAAGGGUUCCCUACCGUGCAGCUACGUUGAACCGCCGGAGAGAAAUUAUGGAAGCAGAAGCCGCUACUGGAGAAAAGGUCUUGCAGGGUCUAUACAGCUGGGAGCAAACCGACUGGAUCAUUCCACCACCAAUCGAGGAUGGAGUCAUUCCUAAGAACGAAUACGGGAAUAUUGAUCUGUUCGCUGAACAUAUGUGUCCCAAAGGUGCAGUACAUGUACCAUUCCGUGGAGCCAUGCGUGUCUGCAAAAAGCUUCAGAUUGACUAUGCUGAAGCUGUGGUGGACUUUGAAUUCGGAAAUCGCAUGGCUGUACCUGUGAUUCAGGGUGUGGUCAUUGCGGAAGAGAACCACGACAUGGUUAUGGUCGAGCUUGAAAAAGAUGAAGCGGAACGUGCACGAAAGGAAGAUGAGAAGCGACGAAAGAAAGCACUAGCUCAGUGGCGCCGCUUUCUCAUGGGUAUGCGUAUUGCAGAAAGAAUCCGACAGGAGUACGGAGAGAUCACUGAUCAAAUUUCGGUAUUCGGGCACGCUAGAGACUUAACCCAUACGAAAAAGCAAACACCGGCUGAGGAUGAAGAGAUGGCCGGCGGGUUUCUUCCAGAUGGCUACGAAGAAGAGGAGGGAGAGGUAGAGGCGCCUGCUCAUCACACUUCAAGCUUCUUUCCUGCUAUUGAUGAGGACGAUGAUGGUGACGAUGGACUGCUGAUGGAGCAUGACGAAGCAAAUCAGCCAAGACCUAUAGACGAGAUGGAGGUCGAUGGCGAUGGUGAACAGGAACCAGCCCUGAAAUCGCAGGACGAAGAAGGGCUCGAGCCUACACCAGAACCGGCACCAGGGUCUCGGCCAGAACAAGACUCAGAGCUUGAUGCAGAACCAAAGCAAGAGCCUGAACCUGAACCCGAACUGGAAUCAGAGCCACACUCUGAGGUGGAAUUUGAACCACCACGAACAAGUGCAAGGUCAAGACGACAAGCCCCAGUAAAGCAGGUCAAGAAGGGACAGUCUUCUUCUGGGCGUGCAACUCGACGAUCAACACGGAGUGGACGAAAGGUCGUCUCAUAUGAAGAGGAUAUUGUGGAAGAUGAUGAGAUAGGGGAUUCAUACGCUGAAUCUGAGGACGAUGAAUAG